UUCUCCUACUAUGGCAUGCGAGCCGUGCUGGUGCUGUACUUUAAGUACUUCCUGAGGUGGGAUGAUGACUUCGCUACCACUAUCUACCACACAUUCGUGGCUCUGUGCUACCUGACACCCAUCCUGGGAGCCAUCGUGGCUGACUCAUGGCUCGGAAAGUUCAAAACUAUUGUUUACCUGUCCAUCGUGUAUACGCUGGGACAGGUCAUCAUGGCUAUAAGUGCAAUCCAUGACAUCACUGAUACAAACAGGGACGGGACCCCCGACAACAUGACCUUCCACAUAGCUCUGUCCAUGGUGGGUUUGUUGCUCAUCGCCUUGGGAACGGGAGGCAUCAAACCCUGCGUGGCUGCCUUUGGUGGAGAUCAGUUUGAAGACCAUCAGGAGAAGCAGAGAAGCACCUUCUUCUCCAUCUUCUACCUGUCCAUCAAUGCUGGCAGUCUGCUGUCCACUGUCAUCACCCCCAUCCUCAGAGCUCAGGAAUGUGGUAUUUACGUCAAGCAGCAGUGCUACUCUCUGGCCUUUGGUGUCCCUGCCGCUCUCAUGGUGGUCGCCCUGAUUGUGUUCAUUGUUGGAAGUGGCAUGUACGUGAAGACGGCCCCUAAAGGCAACAUCAUGGUGAAAGUCUGCAAAUGCAUUGGGUUUGCUGUCAAGAACCGCUUCAGGCAUCGUAGUUCCAGCUAUCCUAAGAGAGAGCACUGGAUGGAUUGGGCAGAGGAGAAAUAUGAUAAACUUCUGAUUGCCCAGGUGAAGAUGGUGUUGAAGGUGCUGUUCCUCUACAUCCCUCUGCCCAUGUUCUGGGCUCUCUUUGACCAGCAGGGCUCAAGAUGGACUCUCCAGGCGACCACCAUGAACGGCGACUUUGGAUUUCUCAUCAUCCAGCCCGACCAGAUGCAGACUGUCAACCCCAUCUUGAUCCUGAUUUUGGUGCCAAUCAUGGACAGCUGCCUCUACCCGCUGAUUGCCAAGUGCAAAUUAAACUUCAGUCCAUUGAAGAGGAUGACUGUGGGGAUGUUCCUCGCCGCUCUCGCGUUCAUCGCUGCUGGAUUGGUCCAGCUGCAGAUCGAUCAAACCCUGCCCAACUUCCCAUCGGGCUCUUCUUACCAAGUCAAGUUCACCAACAUGCUCAACCAACCACUGGACCUCCCGUUUGGACCUGAUGGUUUAACCAUUGACCCCUACAAGGCCAAUGAUGAUUACCUGAGCUUCAAUGAACCAAUCGAUCUGACUCUCGCUAAUGAAACUAUACAGUUCAAUUUAGAGGAUGGCACUCGGAACACCAUAGUCAUCUUUCAGGAGGGGCCCAUUCAGUCUGCUGAGAACUUCACAGACCUCGUAGCAAAGCCGGAACAGGGCGUUAAUUCUAUCAAAUUUCUGAAUGGUUAUCACACAACCUUAAAUAUAACAGUGGGCGGUCUGGACUACGGUGCCAUCGCCUCCAAAGAAAUGUCAAAAUAUCUUGGGAUAUCCAACGGAAAUGCAGAGUUCCUGAUCAAGGGUAGUCCUACAGAAGAGUGCAAGUACACUCAAACACUGGGCUUCGGCAGCUCUUACACCUUGAUCAUCGCGCCAACGUUCAAUUUUGGACAAGAUUGUGCAACUCAUAUCAACCAGGUGAUGAACAUUCAACCUAACACGUUCCACAUGGCCUGGCAGAUUCCUCAGUAUUUCCUCAUGACUGCAGGAGAGGUGGUCUUCUCUGUCACUGGCCUGGAGUUCUCCUACUCACAGGCACCCAGCAACAUGAAGUCUGUGCUGCAGGCUGGUUGGCUAUUAACUGUCGCUGUAGGUAACAUCAUUGUGCUGAUUAUCGCCGAGGCUGCAACACUCUCAGAGCAGUGGGCCGAGUACAUCCUCUUCGCCUCUCUGCUGCUUGUAGUGUGCGUCGUCUUUGCCGGCAUGGCCUAUUUCUACACCUACAUCGACCCCGCCAAGGAAGAAGCCCAGUUUGCCGAGCAAGAGCCUGAAGACAAGAAGAGUAGGAAGAGCUUGGAAAUGGGCAAGAGGAACUCCGAGGACAGAAGGAGUUCCAGCUCCAGCUCUAGCUCUGAUGAGAAGGAAGACAAACAGACCAAGAUUUAA